AUGCGGCAAAAGCAGCAGUUGGAGGUUGGCGCGUUGGUCAAUCCUGAUCUAGUCCUGACAAUCGUGGCUAUGUGGCAGGAGUGGAUCAUAGACGAAAGAGAAGAUCAGCAGUCAAUCAACAGACCGCGCACCGCUCUUCAGCUGGUAGCGGAUGCAGUUGAAGAAUCCAUGACAUAUUACUACCGAUUUGGUCGCGUUCGCUGGAAUCUUUGUGGAGCAAUGUCUGAACAUAUCAAAACCCGAUGGGGCUGCCUCGGGCUUCUC